AUGGCGGACGGCAGUGGGGAAGACGAUCAGAGGCAGAUGCAGAGGGGCAGUAGUGUUAACAACAAUGGCGGCGGCGGGUGUCGAUGGAAUCCGACAAAGGAGCAGAUAAGCGUUUUGGAGGGGCUGUACAGACAGGGAUUGAGAACUCCGACGGCCGAUCAGAUUCAGCAAAUUACAGAGAGGCUUAGGGUUUAUGGACACAUCGAGGGCAAGAAUGUGUUCUAUUGGUUUCAGAAUCACAAAGCUCGUCAGAGGCAGAAGCCAUAUUACAUUGCUAAUGAUCAUUCACUAUACCAUCAUCAUCAACUCCCAGAGGUACAACUGCCUCCAGCACAACCCCAAAGGUACAACCAAUCAAAGCAAGGCGAGUACAUCAAUCGUCAUCCUCAUCAUCAAGAAACCCUAGAUUUAUUCCCAAUUCAUCCCACUGGAUUCCUGCAAAGAAAUUCAUCAAAUCAUGAUGAUCAGAACAAUGAAGAUGAAGAUGAGAACCCUAAUUCAGCUGCUGCAACUUCAACUUCUUCUGGCAACACUACUGAUCAUCACCAUCAUCAUCAUCAUAAUCAUGCCUUUUUUGAUUUCUUCUGCAGGAAUUGA